AUGCGUCAAGCAUGCGGUGCCUUCAGGCGAGACGCCACCGAAUGGAAACCGAAAGAAGAGGACCCUCUCGAUUGGACACAUGACAACUUCACAGACGAGUCUCAGCAAUCUGACCGGGAGGACGACGACGAGACUCAGUUCGUCCCUCCAGUCAUCGACUCACACGAGACUUCAAGGCUCAACUCGACUUCAGAGCCCAACCCUGACCACACUUCAGAGGGAACCUCGGGUGACACAAGGAAAAGAAAUGCAGAGUCCGAGACGGAGACGCCGCCCCCAAAGCAGCCGAGACCAACUGAAGCAAAUGUUGUGGAAGAAUAUUUGAAACCAGGGCUCAUUGGAAAAGUGCUCCUGUCAGUAGGACGGAAAAGGAGCUUCGACCAAAGUAACAGAGUAAAGUUGGCGGAGACUAUUGUGUUGGGGGAGCUGGGCAACGAUGCAGAAAAAUCGAUUUCGCAGAAACGGCUCUCCUUUCUGUCAGAGUGCAUCGUAAAGAUUUUCCCUCUGGAAACUGCUGCAAUCUACUUCACUCCAAGGGUGCCUGCAAAGGGGUUGGUUCCGGCUGUGCAACCAAAAGGGGUGCUUGUGGAUAAGUACCACAACCUCCUCCGAGUUCUGAGGCAAGAGGGCCUCAGGACCAGUAAUCGGAGAUCCCGAUGCGAUGAAGGAGACGAAGAUGACUUUUCUGAUUCUGGAGGGGAUGAUGCCUUGGAUUAUCUAGAAAAGAACUCCUUGGCGAAAAAGUCUGUCACUAUUGCCAAGUGGCAUGAAACCGUCCACAAGCGCUACUCUAUGCUUCUCAACACGGUUGACAGAAAAAGUAAGGCCCGCAUGGGGCAAGAAAAAAUAGACGUGUAUUACAACCAAUUCCCAUGCCUGAAGCAGCAAUGGGGUCUUGAUUUGCUUAUGGAUGAUUUUGACGAACUGUUUGCCAACCGUUGUCUGAAUGUGCUUGAAAACUGGACGAGUAUCGUGGCCAAACUAGAAAAGGUUCUACAGAAGGUUUACACCCCAGACGCGUGUUGCACUGAAGCUGGGGAAAAUGUGAGACUGCUGCAAGCAAUCCCAUCUCUGUUCAGGCAACCACCAGUGCCCUACGGUAAGAAACUUGCAAAAGGAGAAUUGAGGGUACAUUGGAAACCAAACAGGCAAGAAAGUGUGAACGGCUUCCUUUUACAUGCAGAGAAUAACAGCAUUUUGACGGAUAGAGUGCAACAGAUAAAGGAUAAGUGUGGCAAGGUCUCCCAAAACGCUUCAGCCGUUUGCUGCAGUUGUAGGACCCACACCAGAUGACAUAGAGGAUUGUUAUGUCAUACUAGACAGCUUUUGGUAUAAGGUUGAGAGCCCUUUGCAGCGGUGGACUCUUGUUUUAAAAUCACCCAAAGUUCUGCUUUCCCAACU